CGUAACACAGCGUGUGAGGUUGAACUCACAUAACAGUCUCUUCACUGGUGGAGUGGACUAAGGUCAUUUAAAUAGUGUUUUAAUUCAGGACGGUGGUGAAGUGGGCCACUUGAAGAGCAGACAUGGUGUUCCUGACGUUAUCUUGUUGGAUAAGAAGCCGAGGACCCGACAGAUACUGGAAAGUUCAAGAAGUCCUCAAACAUGCACGGCACUUCAGAGGCAGGAAGAACCGCUGCUACAGGCUGGCUGUGAAGGCAGUCAGGAGAGCUUUUGUCUACGCCACUAAAGGUCGGAAGCUAAAGAAGCGCAACAUGAGGACGCUCUGGAUCUCACGCAUCGCAGCAGCAUCACGAGAGCAUGGCAUGAAGUAUCCCGCCCUAAUGCACAACCUCACCAAGACCAGCGUUCAGCUCAACCGACGUGUGAUCAGUGAUCUCGCCAUCACAGAGCCUCGGUCAUUCCUCUCACUUGCAAAGCUGGCGAGGGCUCGGCAACAGGAAGGCUUCCGUGCAGCACUGGGUGACGGCAAAGAGCCCGCUGGUGUCUUCUCCCGUGUUGUUGUACUACAGUGAAGGACUCGCUGCAGUUACAGAUUUCCAAUUGUUAUGUGGUUUAAAGAUCGGGGGUCUUGGAUUAUGGGGAUGCCAUGAAAAAGUCAGGCACACAGUCGCCUCCUGUCAUCAAGGUUUUCGCUUCAUCUAAAUAUUUUUUGUAUAAUAAUAUAAGAUUAUCAGUUGAAUUAUUUUGUGUGUCAUACUUUGAUCACUAAACCAGGAAUGCUCUGUGACUAAUAAUGACCCACAUAAAUGACCCAUCUUGACACCAGGGUCUGGUUGCUAUAUGUGAUGGGGGUCGCUUGGUAAAAAAAGGUCAACUGAUGUGUGAUCAGAGAGUAGACCAUGACAUGAUGUACUGCCAGACCAGUGUCUCUGCCUCUGCCAUGUAUAAACAAGUCGACAUGGAGACUCACAUGUGUUAGCCGCACACUGAUGUAAAAUCCUUUGAACUGUUACCAACAGAGCGACGUCCCUGAAGCAGAAAGAAAUGCAAUAUCUUGCUCAAGGACACUCCAGCAGGAUGGAUGAUUACUGUUGCAGUGCCUUGAUGGCUGACCUUGAAGGACAGUUUAGAAAAGAUUGAAUAUUUGAAAUUAUGCACGUAUGUCACAACAAGGACACAAUCAUAAUCCAAGAUGGCCCCUGGCAUUUAACAGCAUAGCAUUGUUUGUCCACAGACAGCCCUGCUUCUGCUCUGUUCACUGAUUUAUCCCCAACAUCUCUAUCAUGUGUGCCAGACUUUUCCGGCUACAGUGCUCCCUACAAAAUACUCCACUGCAGCACCCCGGUUACCUCCUGUAUCAUGAUAGAGGAUGUGAUUAUCCAUUUCCACAAACCUCCCUUUGUUUGCAUAUGAAACCUUUUGUUAAGUUAUGAAUGGAUGCUGAUUAUGAGGGGUUUUUUGUGGAGGCUGGGAAGAGGAGUGACCUCAAGCUUUUUCACAUGUUGACUUCUCACUCUGUGUAAAUAUAGAUUUUACCAUUUGUUGUGAGGUUGAAUGUCAAGGUAAUUAAAGAUUUUGAUAUGAA